AUGACAAACCUCCGCAAACGAGCGCGCCAGGCAUGUCAGGCAUGCAACGCGCGACGCAUCAAAUGCAACGUAACCGAGCAGAAACCUUGCCGUAAUUGUGCCACAGCCGACACACCCUGUGAGCUACGAGAGUCGCGGCGAGGCAAGCAUCCUCGUCCCUCACGACGGAGCCAGAAGCCAGAUAAUGCGGCCGGGCUAGACCAGGUCGAGUCGUCGCCAUCUUUCAUCGAUACGAGUCUCCUUGAUGAUUCGGUGGGCAAUGAGGAUGACGAGCACUUUGCCGCAUCGCAAGCGCUCGCUGAUCUCGCAAGACAUCGGGAAAUAGAAGGCCCGGAAGAGCAAGAAGGUAUCACAGUGCAACCUCAAUCCCCUCCAUUGGCACCAAAUACGAGACAGGAGGAUGAUAGCUCCGUGUUUCUCGGCGAGUCGUCUUCGAUACGCUAUGUCACCAACAGUAACCCCACACCGUCAAUAGCAGGGAUAUCGCCACCAGAGAACCUGAGAUUCCUACAUGCCGUACCUCACGCUGUGAGGGCUGAGAAUCUUAUACCUGAAUGGGAGGUGGAGCGCAGACGAUCGAGGAUUCGUUCCCUAAAAGCAGAAGGCGUAUUUUCCUUCCCACCGGGGCCGGCUGUCGAGACACUGCUCAAGGCGUACUUCCAAUGGUUUCACCCAUGUUUCCCUGUUGUGGAUGAAGUUGAUAUUUGGACCAGCUUCCGGGAUGGCACCUCGUCGCCUCUGCUACUACAGGCGAUUCUCUUUAUAGCUGUCAUCCACUGCGAGGAAGACGCCGUCCCACCACUUGGUCUCGGGGGCCGUCACGUUGCCAAAUGGGUCUUUUACAACCGCGCAAAGGACAUUUACGACGUCGAGUUUGAGCCAAAAAAGUUCACAGUCACGCAGGCCUUAUUCCUCAUGAGCUUCUGGAGGGCAGGCUUACUCCUGGAGAAGGAUGCACGCCACUGGCUCGGCGCAGCCAUCAGUCUUGCCCAGACGAGGGCUCUUCAUCGCUCCUCACGAUCUGCGACUACCGAAAAGAAGACUGAAAGACUCUAUAGGCGCUUGUGGUGGGCCAUCUACAUUCGCGAAAGGCAAUGCGCUGCGGCGUUGGGCCUGCCGAACAGGAUUAGAGACGAGGACUGCGACAUCGAAACACUACAAGAGGUCGACUUUGAACGCGCUUUCGACGCAGCGUUGCUAAGUCACAAGGCUCAAGAGUACAUCGCGUACUUCAUUGGUAUAGCCCAACUCUCUAGAGUGCUGGGACGAAUCGUGCAUAGCGGAUAUCUCCCCAGCAAGUCACUCUCCGCGAGCGAUCGGUCUCGUAUGAAGGACGACCUCGUGAGGUGGAGAAAAGGGUUGCCUACAACAAUGUGUUUGGGGAAUAAUGACUUUGGCGAUGCGCCUGGCUUUCACGCCAGUAUGUUGCACCUGGCUUACAACAAUCUCCUCAUUCUUCUGUACAGAUCAGGCUGCAUCGGGAGCGCUGAAGAAAGCAAAGAAGUGGACGGGCAGAUUGCUCUCCAGGCUGCGGCGAGAAACUCCCGGAUUAUCGAGGAUAUGUUGCUGGAGGGUCACCUACGUCACGGGCAAAUCCACGUCAUUACAAACCUCUUCAACACGCUUUGUAUCCACACCGUCCAUCUUCGCUCUUCGAAAGGCCCCGGGAGAUCCAUCAUCGAGCACAGAGCGAAGCUUUGUCUCUUGGGCCUGCAAGAGCUGCAGAAAACCUGGGAGGUCAGGAUGUGGGUGCUGCAGUUGUUUUUCCAAUACCUGGAUCGAUCUACGGCGGCGCGGCUGCGGAUGCAGGACGAGAUCGGUUUCGCGCCUGGACUUGACAGCGUACAGGACGUCGGUACAGGUCCGAAGGCGAUGAGUGGUCUCAAUCGAGGGGUAGUUGAACGUGAUGGAUCAGAUGGACUCGACACUCUACUGGCAUCUGAACCUCCAUGGUCAUGGUCCACCGAAGAAGCAAAUCAAUUCCUUUUCACACAGAUCGAAAAUGACUUUGCUUUUGGCGAGGGCGGUGUCUUGAACUGGAAUGCGGAUACGCCAGCCACCAUUUUGCCAUCAGCGGACAGUGAUUCCCCAAUGGCUGUGGGCUUCUGA